GAAUUGUCAAAUGCAUUUUCAAUAUAAAAACGAAAAAACAGCAGAUAAACAGAUUAAAGAAAUUCCUUAGCCGCAGUUAAUGUUAUUAUUCAUAAUUUAACUUGCAAUUAUUAGUUUUUUUUUUAAAUUUAAUUUUCGUUCGAGUUACUACAAUGUCAUAUUUUAGUGUGCACAUUCCACAAAAGGGCUCCCAGGACCCAUUGGUUAACGUGCGAGAAUGUGUUUUUGAAAAAAAAGUCGAAGCCCUUACCUUACUGAAGCAACACAAAGAUGCCCGACUGAAAGUAUUUUCAAACUCUGAUGAUGCUGCAAACUAUGCCGAAACUGGCUACGAAGUAUGCCAAUCCAAAUAUUCAGACGCAAAACCAAGCUCUCCAGUAAAUCUGGAGAAGCCAGCAUAUCGUGCUCCAACAAAGCAAGAACUCACAGAAUUUCGUAAAUUAAUCGAAUCAGGUGAUCGUGAUAAAGUUAACACAAAAAUUUGGGACAAUCCCAGAUUCCUAAUUAGUUCGGCAGAUACACCAACAUCACUUAAAGAAGGCUUUCGUUACAAUGCUAUGCAUAUUUGUGCUUUAAAUAAAAAAUCUCAAAUUGCCGCACUUAUUCUCGAAACAGUUUCUAAUAUUGCAUUCAUCGAAUUAGUGUAUGGUAAAAAGAAUCAAAAGGUUUGCAUCGAAGCGAGUGCAAUUAUAUUGGAUUAUUUUCUAAAUAUGCCUGAAAAGGGAAGGUGUGAGACUCCAUUGCAUUUAGCGGCUAAAAUAGGCGCUGUUGAAGUUGUUGAAGUUCUCACAUCGUAUCGUCAGUGUAAAAUGAAAUUAAAUAACGAUGGUCUCUUGCCUAAAGAUAUUAUCUGUUCGCGUGAUCCUAGUGCAAGUCCUGAGUUAAUAGAAAAAAUUGCACUACUCCUUGAAGAACGCUUUUAUGUUCCCGUUAUUCGUUCUGCCAACAAUAUUGUUCCUCCGACGAUUGGACAGCCUUUUUCCACAAAUAAUCCACCGAAUCUAAAUUCUGACCCUAUGAGUCCUGAAGUUGAAAUUCAGGCAGUGGCUGGGCCAAUGAAUAAGGAACAAGCAAAGAGUUUUUUCCGACGCUGGAAGACUCCACCUCGUUUGGCUAGUAAUUCCUUACCACUACCCAACAGUCCCUUCAAAAGCCCCAGCCGAACCAGUACUCCAACAAAAUUAACACCAAAAUCCCUAAACAAUUCAUUCUCCUUAACUCCAAACAGAAAAUACAUUUUAAAUAAUAAGCAAUCACAAAUAGAUGAAAGCCCUUUAAACAAUUCAAACAAAAUAAUUGUCAACAAUAAACUGCUAGAGGACAAUAAUAAUGGCACAUACGAAAAUGGAGGCAUAAUCAACACGAAUUGCCUGACACCAUAUCGGAAAAAAGAUAUUUUUUCCACCUUUCGAGAGAACAACAUUGCAUCACCAAUUGUUUUGAAUGCAAAUGAUUCAUUAUCAACAAGUGGUCUACAGCUUGAUAGAAGUUAUAUAGAUCGUUACGAUAGUCCUGGCUUUAAGGAGCGACAUUUAAAGCUCAUGGAUGCCGAGAAGGGCUUUGAAAUAAUUGGCAGAGAACUAGCAAAGGAACAAAAUGUCGAAUGGAAAGAAUACUGGGAUUUUCUAGGCAUGUUCAUUGAUAUUGCCUCGGAGAAGGGUUUAAAGAAAUUUGAAAAUUUCUUAGCGCAAAAGGACAAAGAGAACAAACCGCCAGUUGUUGUUAAUAAAAAUAAAGUGCUCUUGGAUGAUUUAUGUACGGCUCUCGAUAAAUUGAGUUUACGCACUGAAACAGCAAAUGCAGUUGAAGACGAUCACGACAGCAGACAAAUGUAUAAUAAAUCAAUAGCAAACAAUGCUCCACAAAUAACAAUGCCUUAUACUUGUGUGGAAAAGUCAUUGCAGGUAUUUGCAAAGCGAAUGACAAAAAAUCUGCUACAUAAUAUUGAUAGCAUUGUUUCAAUCAACGAUGCCUUCCUUUCCGAAUUAAAAAGACUGAAAUCGCUAAUAGUUAGCUUUAUGGACGAUGCUCGUUUUUUAAAUGUGAACUUCACAAAAGUGCAUUCAAGAUUUGCCUUCUUAAUUGCCAGCUAUCUGAAUGAUGCUCAGGGUAUUGAUUCAACUAAUAAAACAAAGAUUCAAAAGUGUCUCCAGCAAAUAGUUUCGUCACCUGGCGAAAGAAAAGAGCAUUUGCUAUGUGUUUGCAAUAAAAUGCUGUUCUAUAUGAACAAAAACAUUGGUAUUAUUCAAUCGGAGAACCUUAAGACCGAAGAAAAUUGCAUUCAAGCAUGGGUUAAGGAAUCGCAAUGUGGUUGUAAGUGGGAUAAUGUAUUAAGUCGAAGGGAGAGUCGACGGUCGCGAAUUGAAUUACGUAAAGCGAGAUCAUCACCGCCCAGCCAUGUUGCUGAAGUCAAAUCUCAAGAAUGGAGAACCCAGCCUGAUACAUUAGAUGGUUCAGUAGACGAUGAUGAAGGCGAAGAUGUUUUUUGGUCGGAUUUAGGUUCAGAUGAUGAUGCUGAUGAGUGUUUUGUCACGCCGCCAGAGAGUCCAUCAGAGCUCUCCGUUGAAAGUGUCGAUACCGAAGAUUAUCAUUUAUUCUUAUUGGGAAAUGAACCAACCAAGCGAGACCUAGAUGUAUUAAAUGCAAUAUUUCAUUUUGAUAUAAACAAAGAAACCUAUCCAUAUAUUUAUGCUUGGAAAGCAGCAGUUCUGCGUUAUUCAAAUGAAGAGAUGGAUCACUUCCCAUCACCAUCAGCGAUUGUCAAGAAGUCAUUAUCAUUCUCAAUUACUGAACGACUGCCAACACCUAGAACUCUUUUCAAUUCUCCGUCGCGUCCAUCGCAUCCAUCACCUAUGCUAAAGAACAAAACAAUGGAAAAUCUCAUAAUUUAUAGAGAAAAUCGAAAAGAUGUUAGUUUCUCGCUGUCCGAUGCGAAUGAAAAUAGUACUUGCAGUGAACUUGCUUGGAUGAAUGUUUCUACUUGAAGUUCUGUUUUUUUUUUUAUUAAUUAUUUUUCUCUUGAACCGUCAAAGUUUUCAUAAAUGUAUAACAACAAUCUAUUUUAUAGUAAUAUUCUUUCUGAAUUCAGAUUGAAUUUAAAAAAAGGAAAGAAUGAUACUUUGCAUUUUGUAUUGUUCGGCCAAAUUUGUUAUAUCAUUAACUUUUUUGUUUCUUCUUUGUUUCCUUAUUAUCCAUUAAAAAAUAUAUUUUUCUUAUCGAAUGCAUUUUAACA